CAGUGAUGGCAUAUCCAAUCUUUGCUUUGCUGUCUGUCCUCGCGCUGUUGCUGUGCCUGAGCCAGAGCUGCUGGGCGGCUCCUUCGGGCGAUGAUUUGGCCAGGUUUGGGGAGCUGGAGCGCACCAUCAAGGAGCUGACCAGCUCCAUACUGACCAUGAGUGCAGGCGGAGGAGCAGGAGCAGGCUUACUGGAGCGUGGCACUGGCGACCUGAUGGAUGCUGGCAGCAGUGGCAGCUGGCCCGAAGAGAGUCGCUCCUAGGCUGAAGGCUCCUGGCCCUCACUCCGCUCAAACUACUAAACGGCGUUUAGCAGCUCUGCAGUUUAG